CAGGAGAGGUUCUCCUAGUUACCGCAUUGAGGAUGCAAACAUUCUCUUCCCUUUGUUAUUAUAUAAUAUAUAGAAGAAUCGAAGAAUCGAAGAACCUAAGAAGGAUCGAAGGGAAGGGACUCAGACUAGGGCCAAGUGGACGGUUAGCCAAAACAGAGGAAAAAACCCAAAAAGAAAUUGCAAUUUUUUCGUACUUGAGAAUAUUCUCUGAACAUGGUUCGGCUUCGGCCCAGAAAGAAUCGAGCUUUCUCUGGGUUUACGGAGGCGGAGACUGCGAGAAUGGAGGAGUUACUCAAGGAAAACGGUGAAGAAUCCCUAAAACAGAAUUCCUGCUGCAAGCUUGCAAAGAGUUUUAAUUGUUCUGCGGGUCGUGCUGGGAAAAGUCCGGUGACAUGGAAACAGAUACAAAGUUGGCUUCAAAAUAAGCAGCAAGAUUUGACAGAAAAAACUACUUCCUCACCUAUUGCCUCCAAUGGACCAGUUGCGCCUCCACAUGUGCCAGUUUCAAAUGGUCUCCUUGGUUCUUCUUCCGAAAUGGCUAAAGUUAAAAUGGAUCCAGAUCUGUCGAAUUUGGAGUUUGAGGCCAGGUCAUCAAAAGAUGGGGCAUGGUACGAUGUUGCUAAAUUUGUCACCCACAGAGUUCUUCCUUCGGGCGAAACUGAAGUACGAGUAAGAUUUAUAGGAUUUGGUGCUGAGGACGAUGAGUGGGUUAAUGUUAAGAAGGCGGUACGUGAGCGCUCUCUUCCUUUAGAGCCUUCAGAAUGCCGUAAGGUCAAGGUUGGGGAUCUUGUCCUUUGUUUCCAGGAGAGAACAGAUCAAUCAAUCUACUAUGAUGCACAUGUUUCAAAAAUCCAAAGGAGGUUACAUGACAUAAGGGGUUGCAGGUGCAUCUUCUUGAUUCGCUAUGACCAUGAUAACAUUGAGGAAAGUGUUCGUUUAAGGAGAUUGUGUCGCCGGCCAUCAUAUUAUGAUCCACCAGGGAAUGCUUGAACUCUUUCUUAAUCUAUCGUCCUGCGUACUGUCUUCAUGCCCUUGAUAGAUAUUUUUUUUGGUAAGAAUGCCCUUGAUAGAUAAAAGGGGGCUUAGACAUUGGAGUUUGUUGGACAGAAUUGAAAUUUUGAACUCCACUGUAUUGUAAAGUUUCAAUUGAAAGAACGAAAAGGAAAAUGUGAAAGGAAGCUUUCAUCUGUUACAUGAGAUAGUUUGUAGUAGAGAAUGCCCUGUAUUGCCUA